AUGGACGACCUGAACGGGUUGAAUUGGACGCCCAGCGCCUCAAAUGACCCAAAGAAGCUCCCACCGCUGGGCUCCGGAUUCGCCUUCCCUGCCGUGACACGUAAUAACGUCUCUGGCCGGUCAACCCCCCUUUCUGCCGCCGGCUCGUCACAUCCGGCAUCCAAAUCAGCUACCCCGGACAACGAUAGCUUCGCGAACCUUGUGUCCUUCAGUUCUUCCAAUGCGAACAAAAACCUGUCUCUUCUAGAGCAGCAGAAACGAUUACAAGAGGAGCGCGUCAGGAAGGAGGCAGAAAAUAAGUCCAAGUUUGAAUCGCAGUAUGGGGGGCAAAAUGCGCAAUUCUGGGACAGCCUGGAGAAGCAGGGGACGAACAACCCUUUUGCAACGGGGGCAGGAUCAACAGUCCAGCGUGCAUCGUCUGCCGAUGAGGAUGAUCUCCUGGCCGCCUUUGAUGCUUCGGCGCCGGUAGAUGCCUCGACCAACUUCCCCAUCCCAAGCCCCAGUCCGUCGCCACACAUUGCGCAAAGCGUGUCUGCUGCUGCUGCUGCUGCUGCUGCUGCUCCGAGAACGUUGCACCAGACUGAUGGAAUGUCCUUCAAUGAUGACGACGACGAUCCGUUUGGCCUCAAUCAAUUAAAACCAAAGGCGGCAGCUCCCACCCAACCUCCCACUCAGUCCGACAACGACGACGACUUCCUUGGUUUGCUGGGAAAGCCAGUCUCUGAGAUCCCUCGCCCUUUACCUUCGCCGAAACCCACUUCACCCGUCGACCGUGAACACCACGUGUCUUCCCCCAGACCAUCCAAUGGAGUUGAUAGGGCGAUUGCGGAGCUUGUCGACAUGGGGUUCCCUGCGGACAGGGCGAGUCAAGCGCUACGUGCAACGGCAUCUGGGACAGAUGUUCAAGCGGCUGUUAGUUUGCUUUUGACCCAGGCGCAUGAGGAAGCUCGACAGAAAUCAAGGAGCAAAACUCCCGUGCAUGAUCGUGAUAUCGACCCUUCAGAACGUAAUAGGGAGCGGGGCUCCAGACCUGAUCGUGAUGUCCCGUCAUGGAUGCGUGAUGAGCGAGCCGAUCACUCCAGGAGUCGUACCAGCAACCGGUCCCCCGCAUCCGCGGGCAGGGAAGCGUCGCAGGCUGCGUCUGCCUUUGGUAACAAUUUCCUGAAGACAGCAAAUUCUCUAUGGAAACAAGGAAGCAAGAAGGUUCAGCAGGUUGUGAAUGAUCUCAACGCCGAGCAUGAUUCGAAUCAGCCGCGAUGGCUAAGGGAUACAUCUGCCCGCCAAGAGUCAUGGACCUCCUCGCCUGCCGGUGAUGAUCAGCUUGCUGAAUCUUCUCGCAAGAAGCCUGAAACUCUUACAGAUGAAGCUCUCCUCCUCGAAUCGGGGAACGCUCCCCGUCCAUCCCGCAGCCAAGCACGAGAUCGUGGAGGUCUAGCGUCACGAACACACAGUAAUGAUCUGCGAAGCCAGAGGUCUCCAGCGGCAGACGCGCGCAUGCAGCAGCCGGCUUCCAUGCAGCAGCAGCAGCAGAAGAGGAGGGAGGCGCUGGAUCCCAAGGCUCGGGUGUCCAAGACUGUAGUAGAAGAGCAGACGGCGCAAGCGUACGUCAGUCCCGCUCGAAGGAGACGGCCUGCCGCGCAGCCGUCGGCUCCAGAGGCAGCUAUAGAUCUAUUUGAUUCUUCCACACCACCGCCGCCGGUCAACCGACUCCGGCCAACGCCGCCACCCGCACAACCCUCGAAGCCCUCUGUAUCAUCUAAGCCUCUUCCUGCUAGGCCGAAAGCUCCGCCUCGAGUCAUCCCGCAACUCCCGCAGGAAAGCCUGGCGUCAAUCCACCGGCAUCGUGAGAAGGGAACGGGGGCCUACAAGCGAGGUGACUAUACUGCCGCUCAUGAGGCCUUCACGUCCGCCCUGACCAUGCUACCGGACAAGCAUCCGAUCACCAUCGUCAUCCGUAGCAAUCGCGCCAUGACGGCCUUGAAAAUCGGCGAGCCCAAGGUGGCCAUUACUGAGGCAGACACCAUUUUGGAGCUGAUAGGCCCCGCAAAAGGCGAGGCGGAGACAAUUGACCUUGCCAACGGCGAACCCAGCAAGCCCAUGAAGGAUUUCUACGGCAAGGCCUUGAUGCGGAAAGCGGAAGCCCUGGAACAACUGGAACGCUGGGCGGAAGCAGCACAAGCAUGGAGGCAGGCAGUGGAGAGCGGUCACGGUGGUAGCACAAGUAUCCAAGGCCGCAACAGAUGCGAAAAAGCCGCUGGCAUUAGCAAACCCGCCUCGAAGCCUUCGGCUCCCGCGCGGCGCCCGCCAGCACCGGCCCCCAAGAAGCCCUCGGCAUUGGAUGACCUCCGAGGCAGCUCUUCUCCGUCUGGCGGCUCGUCCGAAGCCGUCAGCCGGCUGCGAGCAGCGAACCAGGCCGCCGAGCGCGCAGACGAGGAGAAAUUCGCCCUCGGCGAAAGCGUCGAUGCACGCCUGGCGGCUUGGAAGGGUGGGAAGCAGGAUAACCUGCGAGCUCUGCUGGGGAGCCUGGAUACCAUUCUGUGGCCGGAAGCCGGCUGGAAAAAGGUCAAUAUGUCCGAGCUGAUCCUGCCCAACAAGGUCAAGGUACAGUACAUGAAGGGUAUUGCAAAAGUGCACCCGGACAAGAUUCCUACCAAUGCCACCACUGAGCAGCGCAUGAUUGCCGGUGCAGUAUUCGGUGUGCUGAACGAAGCGUGGGAUAAGUUCAAGGCUGAGAACAACCUGUGA